AUGCAACAUAAAAAUGAUAAUGCAUUGAUAAAGAAAGUAACACAAUUUAAAAGAGUCAUUGUUGCAAUUAAUGCUAAAGUUGUUUAUAAAGAAUCAAGCGAAUGUCCAGGUGGUCUUAAAUGGAGUAAAACAGGUAGGACAAUUAUUGGCAAUGGUAUGGGUCCUGGCCCAGAUCAAUUAUAUCUUCCAGACGGUAUAUUUAUCGAACCGAAAACACAAAUUAUGUACAUUGCUGAUAUGUCCAAUAGCCGCAUUCAAAAGCGAUAUCCUAAUGGUGAUAUAAAAACAGCUGCUGGUCAGUCGGAUGGCAAAAGUGGAAAAGCACCAAGUAUGCUAUCAGGUCCAGCAGAUGUCUUUGCAGAUGAAAAUGAAAAUGUCUUCGUUGCUGAUUGGGGUAAUCAUCGAAUUCAGUAUUGGGGAAAAGACGCUAAAUUCGGUAGAACAAUCGCAGGGAAUGGUAGUCAAGGUCCAGCAUUAAAUGAAUUUAAUUUUCCAAGUACAGUUUACUUUGAUUCCAAGAAAAAUAUAAUAGUUAGUGAUUAUGACAAUCAUCGCGUUACCCAAUGGCCAUUCGCUUUUGAUCCAAAAACAGCGAUUGGUACAAUCAUAGCUGGUGGUAAUGGUCCUGGUCUCAAUCCAUACCAAUUGAAUAAUCCAACUGGUUUGUAUUACGAUGAACAAAAUCAAAUUUUGUACAUAGCAAAUGAAGCAUCACACUCGAUAACACAAUGGAUUCUUGGAAGCUAUGAACCUCGUAAUAUAUAUGCUGGUAUACCUGGAAGACCUGGAAAUAGUGCAGCACAAUUGUUUUUCCCAGAAGGUAUAACUAUGGAUAAAUACGGUAAUUUAUAUAUUGCCGACACUUCUAAUCAUCGAAUACAAAUGUUUUGUCCAAAUGCUAUACUGGGCAUUACAAUAGCAGGCACAGGUCAACUUGGUAAUAGUAGUAGUGAAUUCAGUUAUCCGGCUGAUAUUGCAUUUGAUUCGGAACAUAAUUUAUAUGUUUCGGACAGAUACAAUAGUCGAAUACAAAUGUUUGAAAGAAUUCAUUGA